CACGACCUCGUCAUCGUCGGCGGUGGUCCCGCAGGACUCACCCUCGCAGCCGCCCUCGCCUCGAACGAGCACAUCGCCGCCACUCACUCCAUCACGCUCAUCGAGGGCGGGCCCCUCGCCCCGAUCCGCGACUGGCACCAACCCCCAGCCACUUACUCGAACCGCGUCAGCUCCAUCACGGCCGACAAUGCGCGCCUGCUCGCCGACGCCGGCAUCUGGCAGCACAUCGACCACACGCGCACCCGCCAGCUCGACGAGCUCCAGGUGUGGGACGGCCUGUCGGACGCCCGCAUCGAGUUCCAGUCGCCCUUCCUCCCGCCCUCCUCUUCCUCCCCCCCUUCCUCCUCGCCCAACGCGCCCGAGCCCGACGCCUGGGACGCCGCGUACGCCUCUGCGCUCCGCCCACGCCGCGCCCACAUGAGCACCAUGCUCGAGAACCUCAACCUGCAGCGCGCGGCCCUGCGUCGCAUCGACGAGUGCGUGCGAGACCGCGGCGUGAGGGUCGAGCUGCUCGACGGCCGGCGCGUCGAGGGGAUCGAGAGGGGCGAGGGCGGCUGGCCCGUCGUCAGUGUUGGAGGGCAGAAGGGGGCGGUGGGCGGCGGCGGCGGCGCAGGGCGCAGGCUGCGCGCGAGGCUCCUCAUCGGCGCCGACGGCGCCAACUCGCCCGUCAAGACGUUCUCGAACAUCGACACGUUCGGGUGGGCCUACGACCGCCAGGGCGUCGUCGCGACCGUCGCCGUCGACCCGAACCCGCUCAACGUCGGUGAGGGCAUGAGCACCGGGUGGCAGCGCUUCCUCCCCGAGGGCCCGGUCGCGUUCCUCCCUCUCUCGGACUCGCACGCGUCGCUCGUGUGGUCGACCACGCCCGAGUACGCCGCCGCCAUCAAGUCGCUCCCGCUCGACGUCCUCCCGCACCUCGUCACGGCCGCCUUCACCCUCCCUUACGACACCCUGCGCUCCUUCCUCGACGCCCUCGUCCCGCCCCGCGCCGCACCCGGCGCCCUCGCCGCCCCCGCCGCCCCGGCCCCGACACACGACGCGCCCGCGCUCGUCGCCCAGCUCGAGUCGGCGCUCGUCGCCCACUCGCAGUUGACGUACGACCCCUCGUCGCCCACUGCGCCGCUCCCGCCGCGCAUCGUGUCGGUCCAACCCGGCAGCGUCGCGUCGUUCCCGCUGCGCCUGCAGCACACGUCGUCGUACCUCGGCCUCCCGACCCGCACGCCCGACGCGCCCGUCGCACUCGACGCCCGCACGGCCCUCGUCGGCGACGCGGCGCACACGGUGCACCCUCUCGCGGGCCAGGGGCUCAACCUCGGACUCGCCGACGCGUUCUCGCUCGCGUCGCUCGUCGCGCGCCGGGCGGGCCAGGGCGCCGAUGUGGGCGCGUAC